AUGUUGUGCUACAAGUCUUGGCGUACCUAUGCAGUGGCAUUUGUGGUUGCCCUUUUUUCUGACCUGAUUUCUGCCCAGUUUCCUCGUCAAUGUGCGACUCCAGAAGCCUUAGAAAGCGGAGAGUGCUGUCCAGGUCUCUUUCCCCAUCAGUCUCCAAAUCCUGAUGAUCAAUGUGGCUUUUCUGUUGGUCGUGGUCUAUGUGUGCUAAUUACAGCAGACUCCAGACCUCAUGGACCCCAGUACACACUUGAUGGUCUGGACGACCGUGAACGUUGGCCUCUCCGCUUCUUUAACAGGACUUGUUUGUGUAAUGGACGUUUCUAUGGGUACAACUGUGGAAGCUGCAGACCAGGAUGGAUUGGUGACAACUGUGAUGAACCACUUGUGAUUGUAAGAAAAAACAUUUUGGACCUGCAUCCCGAGGAACGCCAACGCUUUAUUAGUGCACUUGACCUUGCAAAAAAUACUGUGCAUCCGGACUAUGUCAUUGCUACAAGGCACCACAAUGAGCUCAUUGAUGAAGAAAGAAAUACUACAAAUUUUGAAAACAUUUCAAUUUAUGACUUCUUUGUCUGGACACACUUCUACAGUGUUAGCAAAACCUUUCUUGGGCCAGGUCAAGGAAGUGCUGGUGGGAUAGACUUUUCUCACGAAGGUCCAGCAUUCUUAACUUGGCACAGGUUACACUUGAUACAACUGGAGAGGGAUAUACAGAACCUUCUACAGGAUCCUUCUUUCGCUCUUCCUUUUUGGAAUUUUGCUAUUGGUGGAAAUGAGUGUGACAUUUGCACUGAUGACCUAAUGGGUGCAAGAAACAACUUUGAUCAAAAUCUGCUGAGUCCAAAUUCUGUGUUUUCUCGAUGGCAAAUUGUCUGUGAAAGUGUAGAAGACUAUGAGAACCUUGGAACUAUCUGCAACAGUACAACUGGUGGCCCAAUAAGACGAAAUCCUGCAGGAAACGUUGACCGACCUAUGGUGCAAAGACUUCCUGAAGCGGAAGAUGUUUUGCUCUGUUUGGAAGUAAAUUUGUAUGAUACUCCACCAUUCUUCUCAACCUCUUCUGAAAGUUUUCGAAAUACAAUUGAAGGGUACAGUGAACCUUCUGGUCUGUACAAUCCUACUGUUAGAAGUCUUCAUAAUCUAGCUCAUUUGUUCCUGAAUGGCACAGGAGGACAGACUCACGUAUCUCCAAAUGACCCGAUCUUUGUACUUCUCCAUACUUUUACUGAUGCAGUGUUUGAUGAAUGGCUGACAAGGAAUAAUCCGGAUCUGUCUCAAUAUCCACUGGAAAAUGCACCAAUAGGGCACAACAGACAAUACAACAUGGUUCCCUUUUGGCCUCCAGUAACUAAUGAUGAAAUGUUUGUAACAGCGCCAGACAACUUGGGAUAUUCAUAUGACAUUCAAUGGCCGAGUCGUCCACUGAGCAAUACAGAGAUUAUUACUAUAGCAGUAAUAGCAGCCUUAGUUCUUGUGGCUUUAAUCUUUGCUGGUGCCACAUGUGCUGUUCGGCGCAAGAACCAGAAGAAUGAGGUACUACAGCCACUCCUUGGUGAAUCUUAUCCACGUUAUGCUGAAGACAAAGAAAACACUCAAGCAGUGUAA